AUGAGUCUGCUGGGUUUGUUGACACAGGCCGCCUCUGUGACUGCCAACCUGCCCCGCGUCUCCUACAUCAAGGCUAUAGACAUCUGGCUGAUUUUUGCCAUCGCCUUUGUGAUUGGCGUACUGGUGGAGUACGCCCUGGCGAUCACCUUGCUGCGACAUCGGAGACGAGAACACUGGCGCAAGGAUGUGGAGAUGAUUGUGAAGGAGGAGUUGGCCCUGUGGUGCGCGGCACUACAGCGCGCUGAACUGGCUUGCCUAGACAGUGGAACGAAGCCUUCUGGUAUGAUGCCCAGUGGCUUCACUCUGCAGCGCAGGAUGACCUUCUUGGGGGAUCUGGAUCCGGUCCUGCAGCAGACGAUCGCGCAUUCCACACGCAGGAGUGAGCUGACCCAAAAGGCCAAAAUGAUUGAUGAUUGCAAGAUUGAUAAGUACAGUCGGGUCCUGUUCCCGCUUUGUUUCCUAAUUUACAAUGCCUUCUACUGGGUUUAUUACCUGGUACUAGUUAGUCAGGACGAAGAAAUGUUAUCCUGA